AGAAGACUCAUUUCUUCCCAUUAGAAACGACAGACUGUGGUCUAUUUUGGGUUACUUAUUUAAAAAAAUCGUUGUCCAGUUUCCGCUCUGUUUUAGCUAACUAACAAUCUAGUUAGUUGUUUAGCCGUCUUUGUUUAUAUUGAUAAAACACUCUUAUUUUGACACAAUUUAGGUCGCCAACCUAUCGUCAGUCAUUUAAUAAGUGCAAGUUCGCGAAAAGAAAGAAAGCAACCACGAAGAAUAUGGAGGUUGAUUUCACAGAGCAAGACGCUAGUAGCACGGACGAAGAAGACACCGUCAGCUCUUCUGUAUCUGAAGAUGGAGACAGCUCGGAGAUGAACGACGAGGACUGCGAGAGGAGACGAGUGGAAUGCAUGGACGAGAUGACUACCCUGGAGAAGCAAUUCGGCGACUUGAAAGAACAGCUGUACAAGGAGAGGCUCUGUCAGGUGGAUAUAAAGCUACAGGAGGUCAUAGCAGCCUGUGCCCAAGAGUAUCUGGAACCACUGGCCAACCUACAGGAGAAUAUGCAGAUCAGAACUAAAGUGGGCGGGAUCUACCAAGAGCUGUGUCUGGAGUCUGUGAAGAACAAGUACGACUGUGAGAUCCAGGCUGCCUGCCAACACUGGGAGAGCGAGAAGCUGUUGCUGUUUGACACGGUGCACAGUGACUUGGAGGAGAAGAUCAGACGCCUGGAGGAGGACCGACACAGUAUCGACAUCACCUCAGAACUGUGGAACGAUGGUUUAUGUUCACGGAAGAACAAGACGAAGGAUCCCUUCUGCCCUGUCAAGAAAAAGAAGCCUGUUGUUGUCUCAGGUCCAUAUAUUGUUUACAUGUUGCAAGACCUCGAUGUACUUGAAGACUGGACAGCAAUACGAAAGGCACCACAGGUGGAGGUGACAUUAGGGUCGCACAGGGUCAAGGUUGAUGUCCCUACCAAGGUGGACAGACACCACCAUGUGGCGAGGUCAGAGGAGGGCAGACUGUUCUAUGACAGCCAGUGGUAGUGCAGAGGACAGGCCUUGUGUAUCAACAAGAAGGACCAACACACUACCAGCGCCAUAAUAACCGCCAUAAACCAUGACGAGGUGUGGUUCAAACAGCCUGACUGUCCAAACUCUACGUCCCUCAGCUGCAGGAAGGCAAAUACACCAUCAAACAUUCCUAAUGUCCCUCACAGCCUGCCGUACUCUUUCACCCUGGAUAACAGAUGAACUCCACUGCCAUAAUGUCCUCUCCUUUAUGUCAGUGGACUUAAGCAAGCCUGGUCAACCCCCCCCCGUGCGAUGCAGUGCCUUAGACCGCUGCGCCACUCGGGAGGCCCCAUAGUGUGCCUUUUUUUUUUAACAAGGUGAUACCUACAGUCUUGAACUAACCCUGCUCUUCUGGCCGGUGAGAACAGGACGAGGAUCAAGUCCAGGACAAUUGGUUGUGACUGGAUGGCUGGCUAAACCCUGGCCCUAGUGAUGUGUUUCCUUCACUGUGAGACCCCCACCUCUUGUUGUCAUCUUUCAUGUCUCUGUUACUAUUCUGAUACGGAUACACCGCUCUCGCUUUUUCUGUCUUCCUGCCCUUCUCAAGGGGACAUGAGACCAUUUUCACCUAACCAAUGCUGUCAGAUGUGUUAUCAAUUCAAGGAAGGAAGGAUGGAUGUUAACUGUAUUUUAGCAUGGCCAAGGUCAGUAGAGAUGUGUCAAAAUGUCUGGUUGUUGUACAAUCACGUCCAUGCAAUCCCAGUCUUUUGCACAUUAUUGGAUAUUGUGAGAACAUUUGUUUGUCUGUGUAUAAAGUACCACCUGCCAACUUUUUUAAUUUUUUUUAAUUAUUAUUAUUUUUUUUACAUCUUAAGGAUUCUCAACAUAUUAUGAAUUGUGUAGAUGUUACAUGCUGUAUAUAAUGGGAGCAUCUGCUGUUUUUUUUUUGCAGCCUAUGAAGAAUUCUACUUAUGUCCGUCUGAGUACGACCAGACCAAAUGUUUCACUGCCAUCAGUUGAACAGUAGUCCUGCUGCCUUGAGGUUUUAGUUGUAGAGUUGUUUUAUUUACGCUCCGUCUACACUUCAUUGUCAUGUUAUGCGGGAGGAAAAUCUGAAUAAAAUGUCAGUCACAAUUCAUGUACAGCAAAUAAAAUAUUUAAUUUUGUAGUAAA